AUGGAUGCAGGCGACGGAGGCAAGACGGCCAAUACUGACGAGUCCCUCAAUUUCCCCGAGCUGGACCCUGAGGACGUGGCCCUCCUCACGCCUGAGCAGCAGACGGCCUACGAGGCAGCGCUGGCCAGGGCCAAGCAGGCCCAGGAGGUGUACAAGAACGCGCAGAGCAUCGGCCAGCAGGCGCAGGACGCGGCCAAGACGCUGCGGGAGUUGCGGGAGACUGCCAAGGGCGACGAAAAGCCAGUCGAGUCAAACCAGGACUUCACUGAUGUCAAGAACGUGGAGGCGUACAUCCAGCGCACGGCGUCCAUCGAGGUGCUGCAACGGCUGCUGCAGCGGGCGCGGGCAAGACGUCGGGUGGGUGACACGUCGUUCCGCCACAAUGCAGAUAGAGUUCCAUUUGGCCAACGGGAUCGAGUCUCAAUCUUCUUCGGGAACGUCACCAGCUGGAGCCUCAAGGUCAAGAAGUUCGUAGAGUCGGCGCCGUACGACCUCAUGGGGAUGGCAGAACACCACUUGUCCCAAGUCAGAGGCUACGUGGACAGCUGCUACGGCUACAGGCAGGGGGUCGAGGUCUCAUGUACUUCAGGAAAAGGUCGCAUGAUUGACUACGCGGUGGUGCCAGACAGCUUCCGUCCCUUUUUAUCCCAGGUGAUGCCAGUGCAGAAUUUGCCGUGGGGCCCUCACAUAGGCCUCAACAUCCUCAUCAGGUCUCGUCCCGCAUCGGUCUUCCUCCGUGUACCAGUGCUUCCAGUACCCUUGGUGAUUCCCGAUGGUGAGUCCAGGGUGCCCAAAGGCCUCAAGAGGUUCCAGAGGGACAGGGAGAAGCAUGCGAAGAUCCAGGACAUGCGAGACGAGAUGCACGUGUUGCAGCAGGGCGACCUGCUCAAUGACGACGAUGACGACCACUUGCUGGACGACCACUACGUCACCAAGCGGGCCCUGAGGUGCGAUGACCAGGAGUGGAUCCAGUACGUGUAUGAGGCCAGCGAGGACCUCGGUUACUCCUUCCCCCAGGCCGAGCCAGACGCGCAGAGAAGUGAGGCGUACAGAGCGGCCCCGCAUAUGUCUGAGGUUCUCGCGAGGCAGCAUGGCAUCUGGUCGAUGGCGGCGGAGGCGCAGUUGGCUGAUCUUUGUGAGGUUGAACUGCGACAGGGAGCCCGCCGAGGUAUGCCAGUGAAGUAUCAGUGGAGACGUGCUGUUGUUCAGAAGAAUGACUCGAAUUUCGGCCACUCCAGCGCCAACGCCCUCAGCAGCAGGUGGGCGAGUCUGCGCGCCAGGGUGCAGGAGCAGCUGGUGGCGCUAGGUCGCUUUCGUCAUUCGAGAUAUCGGCAGCGGGUUCAGGACAUCGUGACCAGCAUACUGGCCGAGCUGCGCAGAGAGCAUGAUAGACAUGGCCCAGUUCCAGAUGGCCAUGCUGAAGAUAUGACUGGGAAGUGGAGAGUUUUCAGAGAUGAUGAGCAGGUUCUUCGCCAGGGCGAGCGCAUUCGAGCAUGCACGGACUUCGCAGAGUGGCAGAACUUCGCGCUGAAGGUGCAGGCCCGCUCGAUCCGUCACGCCAGCCUGGCUUGGCAGCAGACGCGGAGCGAGAUUGGCAGCUGGGCGGUCAAGAGUGCGCAGGGCUCCACGAAGGGCGCUCACCGCUACCUGAAGAAGAACGAGCAGCGUGCCCUGGAUGAGACCUGCAUCGACACCGUUACUGGUGAGGUAUGUGACACGGUCCAGGGCACAACUGACGCCAGAGCGGCUUGCUGGGCAGCGCGGUGGACCUCCCAGCCACACCGCCUACCAGCAGUCCGUGCUGCCCUCGGUGCGCUGAGGACCCGUGCCCACGAGGACCUGGCCGACCGCACCUUCCACACUCGGGAGCAGCUGGUGGCCACGCUCAAGUCUUUCCCGAAGGGCACGGGCACGGGGCCAGAUCAGUGGAAGCCGGCACACAUCCUGGCCCUCUCGGACCAGGGGCAGGAGUCUCUCGUCACGCUCUUCAACAUGAUCGAGCGAGGGCUGGCAUGGCCGCACCAGCUGCUGCACAACUGGUUCGCGCUGCUGCCCAAGGGCGAGAAGCAGGAGCUGGGCAACGAGAGGGACAUCGGCCUCCUGCCGAUGCCCGUCAGGAUCUGGGGGCGUCUCACCAAGACCCCCCUGACGGAGUGGUGCGACAAACGGGCUGCGCACUGGGAUGCCGCGGCGAGAGGCAGCAGUGCGCUCCAGGCCGCCCUACUUACCAUGGUCCUGGAUGAGACUAGGGCACACAUAGGUCUCAACGAGCAGAGCAACUUUCUGGCAGAUGUUGAGAAGUUUUAUGACCACAUGGAUUUGGCUCAUAUGAUUCUGCAGGCUAUCGAACUUCAGUUUCCUGCGGUGGAGCUGUACCUCUGCUGCCUGGCGUAUCUAUCGCCUCGGACGGUCAAGGCCCAAGGGGCUUAUGCCGAGUCCAUCGUGCCGAACUGCUCCAUCGUGCCAGGCUGCGGGAAGGCCAACCAUUGUGCAAGAGUCUUCCUGUACUGA